AUGGACAAAGCCUAUUUCCUGGAAGACACAACUUCUAAGCAACAGGAGGAUUUGCCUUAUGAUGAGGGUUUCUCCCAAGUUAAGAUAUACCAUGGUUAUAAUCUUACCUCAAGAUAUGACAUCCUUGAUGUCUCAAAUCAAACGAAUUUAACAGAAGAUGAAUCUCAAGAAAAGACUACAUAUAGAGAGACUUGCCAAGAGGCAGAUAUGAUCAUGACUUUGGAUAAAAUGACUGAAAAUGCUGUCAGCAAAACAUGUGAUAAAGAGAAUCAAUGCACCAUAAAUCUUCCUAUUCCAGCUAAUCAGGAAGACACUUCAAAGUCAAACAUUUCUGAUAUUUUACUCCAUCACCUUUUCAAAGAAGAAUUCUCCAAAGAUCAAGGCAUUGAUUGUGAAACUCUCCCAGAGAUCUCUAAUAAUGACAGUUUUGAUGAAGCUAUUAUUAAAAAUAUUAUUGUGUGGCAUGUUAAGAAUUCUUGGCCAACAGAACAAUCCUCAGAACUCACUGACCAACUCAACUCCAAAAGCGAUGAUGAAAGUAGCAAUAAGCCCAGUUGUUCUCUGACCAUGACAGAGGAAAACACCUCCGAUUCAGAUGAGUUAGUAGUUGCUGGAGAAAGCAACCAUGAGGAAAAUUCAAAUUUUCUAACUAAAAUCAAGUGUCUACAUGAUAAACAAAAAAGUUGCCUAUGGCAGACACCUCAGAAACAGGCUGAAAAAGCAAGCUCUGGCAACAAGUUCAAAUAUGGCCACAGUCAAGUUUAUUACUGGUUCUCUGAUUUCUCUAAGGUUGCUCCCAAAGUGAAAAUUCCUAAAAAUAACAUAAUUGACAAACCACUUAUAACAGAUCCACAAGCCAGCUUUUCUCCUAAAUUGAGAGAGAAGUCAGCUGUUGGGCAAGAUAUUUCAGAAAGCACAUCUAGAUCAAAUUAUGUUGAAAAACAAGAGCAGACGUGGGAAACUACUGAACCUUCACAACGGGUGGAGAUGGAGCCCACAGUACAUAUCCACCAAGAACAUCUCACAGGAAUAGAAUCUGAGCCAAAUCUCUCUAAGUUGCCAUCAACUUCUAAGGAAGACCCUUCCUUGAGUUCUUCUUACAUAUUUCAAAAGAUAUCCCAGGGGAAGGAGAUGUGUCAGAAGUUAAAAGAACAGACUGAUCAACUGAAGGCUAAAGUACAAGAAUUUUCCAAACGCAUAGCACAGGAUUCUCCCUAUCAUUUUCAACACAGAAGGCUGGUCCUGGAGAAAUUGCAGGGACACCUCGAACUGCUGGAGCAGGAGUUUCUGGCCAACAAGGAGAAGCACCUGACAUUGAAGGAACAAGUCCACAGGCACGAAUCCCGAGCUGUCAAUGACUUUGAUCCAGAAAGAAAAGUAGAAGGUGAAAUCUUCAAGUUGGAGAUGCUACUUAAAGAUUUUAAAGAGAAAAUUCAUAAAAGCAGAUGUACUUCAGCUGUCUCUCUUCUCGUGAAUUCUCGAAGCAACCUGGAUGACUUGUCAUUCACAUCCUCUCCACCCUCAAAUGAGGAGGAGCCCAGCACCGCCUCGGGGAGGCAGGACCGUGCAGAGACGACCAGUGCAAGCUGUGCCUUCUGUCUCCGCCUACUUCAGUGGAAGCAAAAAACAGGGAAAAAAGAUCACAGAGGAAUUGACUGUGGAAGGUUUCCUAUCGCCAUUCAAGACAAGGUGCUGCACCCAGACUCAGUUCUCGGUUCUGAUACAGGACACAGCUGCUGUUGUGCAUCUCGGAUUGGACUGCAGAGUAGUAAGUGUGAGAACUGUGGCACUAAGAUUCAUAACUCCCAGAGAGGCUGCAGUAAAGAAUCACCUAAAGAAUUUCAUUAUAGAUACAAUACCCCAGGACAGAAUUUCUUUAACCAUAGAGAAAGAAGUGCCUUUGCUCGGCUCCACUAUUUAAAUGAAAAUAAUUCUUCACCUACUCAUUCAGAACCAAAAUGGAUCUGUUUCCAGAAAGCAAAUCCAAAAUCCUGUAAUGAUGGAUGUGAACCCAUACCAAGAAAGUCAGACCUUGCUACACUCUCACCCCAUUCCCACUCCUGCAGGAUUUCUGAAAACACAUCCUCCAGCAACUUUAGCAAGAGCAAAGAAACAGAAUCUGAGAUUUUAAAUUCGUCUUUGGAUCAUGCCCUAAGGACAGCAACCAUUUUGAAACAAACUACUGAUCAAAUGAUUAGAACUAUUGCAGAAGAUCUUGCCAAAGUACAAAGAUGGAGGAAAAAGUUGAAAUACUAG